CCUCCUUGCUGAGGGGCAGAGCUCGCGGCAGCGCGGUGCGUACUUCCGGCUGCCGGGUUGACAUGAAGAAGCGGCGGCGGCGGCGGCUGAGGCGGCGGUAGCGGCGGAGCCGAGGCUUACGGGGGGACUUGGGGCGGCGAGCGCGACGCGGCCUAUAGCGGCAGACGGCGCAGCUGGGCCGAGGGAGAGGCGCGGCAGCCGCCCCGGCCCGUCAUGGAGAUGGAGAAGGAGUUCGAGCAGAUCGACAGAGCUGGGAGCUGGGCGGCCAUUUACCAGGAUAUCCGACAUGAAGCCAGUGACUUCCCAUGCAGAGUGGCCAAGCUUCCUAAGAACAAAAACCGAAACAGGUACAGAGACGUCAGUCCCUUUGACCACAGUCGGAUUAAACUUCAUCAAGAAGAUAACGACUAUAUCAAUGCUAGUUUGAUAAAGAUGGAAGAAGCCCAAAGGAGUUACAUUCUCACCCAGGGCCCUUUACCCAACACCUGUGGUCACUUCUGGGAGAUGGUGUGGGAGCAGAAGAGCAGGGGAGUCGUCAUGCUCAACAGAGUGAUGGAGAAAGGAUCGUUAAAAUGUGCACAGUACUGGCCCCAGAAAGAAGAGAGAGAAAUGGUCUUUGAAGACACAAAUUUGAAAUUGACAUUGAUUUCCGAAGACAUUAAGUCUUAUUACACAGUACGACAGCUGGAAUUGGAAAACCUCACGUCUCGAGAAACCCGGGAGAUCUUGCAUUUCCAUUACACCACGUGGCCUGACUUCGGAGUCCCGGAAUCGCCCGCCUCGUUUCUGAACUUUCUCUUCAAAGUCCGCGAGUCGGGCUCACUCAGCCGUGAGCACGGCCCCAUCGUGGUUCACUGCAGCGCCGGCAUCGGCAGGUCGGGCACCUUCUGCCUGGCUGACACCUGCCUCUUGCUGAUGGACAAAAGGAAAGACCCUUCUUCUGUUGAUAUCAAGAAAGUUCUGUUAGAAAUGCGGAAAUUUCGGAUGGGACUGAUCCAGACCGCAGACCAGCUCCGCUUUUCCUACCUGGCUGUGAUCGAGGGCGCCAAGUUCAUCAUGGGAGACUCUUCAGUGCAGGAGCAAUGGAAAGAGCUCUCCCACGAGGAUCUGGAGCCCCCACCGGAGCACGUCCCCCCACCGCCCCGGCCCCCCAAGCGAGUCCUGGAGCCACACAACGGAAAGUGCAAGGAGUUCUUCCCGAACCAUCAGUGGGGCAAGGAUGACAUCGAGGAGGAGGUUAGAGAAGACGGCCCCAUCAAGGACACAACCAGAACCCCUUUAAAUGCCCCCUGCAGCCUGGAAAGCGCGAGUCAAGACACUGAAGUCCGAAGGCGGGUCGUGGGCGCAGACCCUGCGCAGGGGGAGCCGUCACCGCCGGCAGAGGAGCGAGACCAGCCGCUGAGCCACUGGAAGCCCCUCCUGGUCAACGUGUGUGUGGCCACGGUCCUCACGGCUGGCGCGUACCUCUGCUACAGGGUCUGUUUCCACUGACGGACGUGCUGGCCGGACCGCACACAGAAAGCCUGGCCUUCGCCCAGCGCGGUGCUCAGUGCCGGGGAAGCUCUGAGCCCGUCCCGGAGGAAGCAGGUCAAAGGUUUUCAGAGUCUGGAACUGUGAAGGGCUAACGAGAGAGGACUGGGGUUGAUGCACUGGGGUCUGGAGGCACUUGGUCCCCGGAGUAAAAGAGUCUAAUCUCAGGGCCUUAACCUAUUCAGGAGUAAGUAGAGGAAAUGCCAAAUACGUCUCUCUCUCUUUUUUUCCUUUUUUUUGUUCAUUUGUUUUUGGGGAAAAAAAAAUAGAAUUACAACACAUUGUUGUUUUUAACCUUUAUAAAAAACAGCUUUUUGUUAUUUCUGGGGAGGGGGGUGGAGAAAAGACUAGGCACUUAUGAAACUUUCUUGUACCCUUAGGUGGUGUAACCAGAUACACAGUUUUUAUUUGAUUUCCCAGGGAAAGACUCCCACACGUGUACGAAUGUAAACUCCUUUGGAGAAGAGGAUUGAGGGGCGGACCCCGUCUGCUAGGGCACAUCCCCUGCUGCGGGCUUCCCCGCUGGGAGGAGGAGAGCAGCGAAGGCCAUCUCUAGAAAACAGAGCCUGGCUUCUGCUUCUGCUCAGGGCGUCCCGCUGUGUCCUUCCGUCCGUUGCCCCACAGAGCCCUCCCCUCGCAGCCGGCCUGCCCGCCUCGCUCCGUCCCCAUUCAGGGCCCCCCAGGGCCAGAGGUCACCACAGGGCGGCUGCAGGCCCUUCACCCAGGCCUUGAGACCCGGACGGAGCAGGUUCCGCUCGGCUCGGAAUAGGAAUGCUGUCUCGGUAGAAAUACCCCCAUUGGAAUGUGUCGCUGUUCAAGUUAGCGAAAAGAUCAAGGAGGAGUCUCAAACCUCCGGUCACAGAGAUCACCUCCCAAGGUGAUUUGUUCUUUAAUGGUUUUUCACAUUUUACCUCUUUUCUAAGCAACCGUCUUUGAGUGCAUCCGGUGGUUUAGCAGCAUACAAACAAUUUUUUUUUUUGGAGGUGAUUUUUGGGAAGGCAGAGCUCUUGUGAAAAAUAAAACUUUUCGCGGGAGGCGGGGGUGGCCAGGGUGUGCAUGGGUCUGCAGCUCUGCAGCGCUGGGCUUGUCUGGAAAUGCUUGGCUUCUUUCCAGUCCUGUUCAACAGCGAUACACAGCCUGACCCAGCGCCACCCUUGUCUGCCUGGCGGGCAGCCGCCAUGGGUGAGGGCUGCGGGCAGGGCCGCCAGCCGCCCGCGAGCCCCGGCUCUGCACUGAAGCGGCCCUCCCAGGCACUUGGCCUCGGCUCCGCCCUCUUCCCUGCCUCCCCCUCCCCUGCUCGGAGGACCAGACCCACCGCCCAGUUCUGAGGAGGGCACAGGACAGCGCUGUGCCCGUGGCACGGGUCAGGGUGGCCUGGGUGGGCGGCGGGGCGAGCCUCACGCGGGGGCCCUCAGCAGGCGGCACGCAGAGUCCUCCCUGCCGCCCUCCUCGGAGACCGCCCGUCGUGAGCCGCUCUCCACUCCAUAUUUAUUUUUCCAUUGUUUCCCCCAAAGGCAUCCACAGUGCACUAGCAUCUUCUUAAACCAAUAACAUGUUCAAGUUUUUGAUGUCAGCCUUGGACCAAGGGCUUUAUCCAAACAUACAGCAGUAAACCCUCAGGUCGGGCUGGGACGGGAGGACUCUGCCGUGAGCCUCCGCGUGGACCAGUGCCCGGUAGGAGGAUGGCUGGGUGCUGUUGCCACGUCACGAUGCUGCAGGGAGCUCGAGAAGUCUGCGUGUGUUCACAGAACAAGGGAAUGAUACAUAGUGGACACUUGGCUAUUUAAGACAUGGUGUGAGGUUCCUUUGUCCUGGGUCCUCCCCUCCCCAGUUACCUGCUCAACCUUGAUCUCAGCCCCCACUCUCCUUAUGUGUAUUAAGAUGCAUGUCCUGUCUUCCUGUGUCCCCAUCAGAUACAAUGUGCUUGGAACACUUAGCGCUCUGCUGACUCAUGUGCCCCAUGUACAAGUCCAGUUUCCCUUUGCACGGUCUGAUCAUUACAUGGCUGUGGUUCCUAAGACUGUUACUGAAAUAGUUGCCAUUCAGUAGUGGAAUGACGUUUUCCAGUAACAGAUAGUUGCCUAACUCCUGGCACGACACUCUGGUGACUUCCUCGUGAGGCCCAGCCUGUCCUGCUCCAGCUGGGUCCACUGCAGCUCAGACAUUCCAAGGGUAUGGGAAGCCACAGUCACACCUGCACUCUGGGUAUGUAGACAGCAGGGUCCUCCCACCCACAUACACACGCACCUUUGGGACAGCCGCUACUGCUCCCGAGUUCACACUCGCCUGGAGCGGACCGUGACUUGGAACCAAGGCAACUGUUGGAAACCGCUCUUCCUGAAACAGCCUGGAUGACGGUCCCUUCAGGUCAGCCUGUGGCCCUCUAGGUCCGGGGCCUUGCUGCACGAGCUGUCUGCCCCACCCCGAACCCUGGGGACUGAUGGUGCUCAGGACUCUGCCUGCGUGGGGGGACCCUAUGACCUCCACAUUCAGUGGCUUUUUUUUACCAAGAAAAAAAAAAAGGCAGCUGUGAUUCACAAGCUGCUCUUCUGCCAGCAUUUUCACAUUUUUGCCUUUCACGUGUUAGAAGCUCUGCGAGGAGUUGCUAUGGGGGAGCGUCUGCGGCGCUGCCCACAGGCCUCGUAAGGUGCAGAUGAGGCUGGGGCCAGGCUGCAAGCGUUUUUGAGCUGGGCUUGUCCGUCUGUUCUGUUAGGUCCUGUGUGUGUCUGCAGUAGUUUGGGUGUGUAUAUAUAGUAGCAUUUCAAAGUGGAUCUACUGGUUUAACCUCCUGUCCUUGGAAAACAGACGGCUCUGCGUCUUGUCACACGUAUGUUAGAGAAGUAGUGAGCUGCUCUGCUAUAUGCCUUAAGCCAAUAUUUACUCAUCAGGUCAUUAUUUUUUACAAUGGCCAUAGAAUAAACCAUUUUUACAAAAAUAAAAACAAAAAAAGCCAGGUGUUUUGGUAUAAUACCUUUCCAGGUGUGUGUAUACGUGGAUGCAUGAUGGGGGGGUGGGGGGCAUCUCAGGGUCUUCUGUGACCUCACAGAACUGUCAAACUGUACAGUUUUCCAACUUGCCAUAUAAAUGAUGGUUUGCAUUUUAGUUGCAACAAUAAAAAUCUUUUUUUCUAAAGAACA